CAACCUAUUUCCUAAGAGCAGGAGAAUGUAUACUCCACCCUCCCAAAAUGAUUUUGACCCACACUUCCAGCUUCAAGUCCUCUGAACGGCGGAUAAUUUCCACCGAUAAGGCAAUAAAACCGACCUGAGAGUGGAAUCAUUCCUCACAUUACUGUUGCAUCGUCCGAAAAAUACAUACAGGAAGCUGGAAGAAGAAUCGAGUACACAAGAAAGACAAAUUAGAAGGAGUGGGACACAGAGAGAGAGAGAGAGAGAUCAAGUGGUGUGAAGAAAAGAAAAAGAGUAUAAAAGGGAGCUUGAAGAAAUCAGAGCCAUGGACUGGAAGAUGUUCCAGGCCCUGCUCAGCGGGGUGAACAAGUACUCGACGGCGUUCGGUCGCAUCUGGCUCUCGGUGGUUUUCGUUUUCCGUGUCCUGGUGUACGUGGUGGCGGCAGAGCGAGUAUGGGGUGACGAUCAGAAGGACUUUGACUGUAAUAUCAAGCAGCCGGGCUGCCCCAACGUAUGCUACGACUACUUCUUCCCCAUCUCGCACAUCCGUCUGUGGGCGCUGCAGCUCAUUUUCGUCACGUGCCCGUCGCUCCUUGUGGUCAUGCACGUCAAGUAUCGGGAUGAACGGGAACGCAAGUACCGUGCCAAACACGGCGCCGAUGCCAAGCUCUACGAUGACACGGGCAAGAAGCACGGUGGUCUCUGGUGGACCUACCUAAUCAGUCUCUUUGUCAAGACAGGCAUUGAGGUGGGCUUUCUCUACAUCCUCCACCACAUCUACCAUAGCUUUCAGCUGCCACGAGUCGUCAAGUGCCAGAUCUUCCCAUGCCCCAACGUGGUGGACUGUUACAUCGGCCGGCCCACUGAAAAGACCAUGUUCACCUACUUCAUGGUGGGCGCCUCAGGCAUCUGCAUUGUCCUCAACAUCUGUGAGAUCUUUUAUCUUCUGGCCAAGCGCAUCUCAGGUUGUGCCAAGAAGACGAAGACACAUCACGAGCAAGGCGUGCCUCUGUGCAAGCAUCAAUUUCGGGACCAGGAUAGCAACUGCACGUUCCCCAUGCAAACCAUGGAGCACAACCAGUACAAGCCCAAGGUCAAUCUGAACGUCCCGCCUAUGGAUUACAAGAUGAGUGUUUACAUGAGGGCUUCGGCUCCUAACCUUAGCUUGGCCUAACUUUGGAGAUCCACUCGUCUGUAGACAGAGAGAGAGAGAGAGAGAGAGAGAGCGCGAGAUUUUCCAUGCACUUUGAGCACAAGAACAAGAUGAAAUCUGAGCUCUCGCCUGUGGUCCACAAACUUUUAGAGCAUUUGCAGUGGAAUCCCUCUGACCCUACCUUGCUUUAGGAUGGAGAUUCACUUGCUCGUAGUGUCAGAUGGAGGUAAAUGCAGGACUGAUUGAGAUCGACCCAGUCUCAGAACCAUUUUCACCUCUCAGACUUCUUUUCCUUCUUGCCCUUGAUGUCGAUCUCCGGAAGCACUGUACAUCACUUUAUAUCAAAACUUCAUAUAUUAUUUCUGAUCAACUCUCAGCAGUUCUUAAAAAUUCAGACGGAGUUCCAAAAGCUUUCUGUAGAUUUGGGUGAAACAUUGACACUAAACGACGACUGAAACACAAUGGCUGAACCACACACACACACUAAACGACUAGGGAUCACACUUUAGGCGGAUUUGAAUAAGUUAGCAGAGACGGCGUUAGCAAAAGCAAACAUGGAGGUCUCAGCGAGUUGGUUCAAAGCUUCUCCAGUUGCCUUUUUCCCCCCUUCUUUGUCUGGUUCUUUGAAUUGUUGUCAUACAGGCACUUUAUUGUCCUCCAUUAAGGAUCUCCAGUACAGCGACGAACACCUGUCUGCUGGGUUUUCUCUCUCUCUCUCUCUCUCUCUCUCUCUCUCUUUUCACUGGAUAUUGACUUGCCUGUUAGCCUUUUUCCCACACAUUCUUUAUUUUCACAGUGUAGACAAAGGCUAGCAAGGACAGAAUCAACCUGAUGGUUUUAUAUAUAUAUAUAUAUAUAUAUAUAUGUAUAUAGGACGAGAAUGUACACACUUCUGAGCUUCACCGUUCCAGGCAGGGCAGAUAGGGAGGAUCUCCUACAUGCCACUGUAAUACCUUUACAGACCGGUCUUCUACACCUUCGGACUGCUGUCGGGAUUUUAACGAGCUUCAUGACGUCACAGGUGUGAAGCAGGAUUUUCCACAGCUCAGUAGAAUUUUUUGUUGUUGUUGUUUAUUUCAUCAUUCCUAAACUACUGCCACGUAGCAGUUGUUGUUGUUGUUGUUGUUGUUGUUUUUUUAAAUAAUUUUUUUUUUUUUUACAAUAAACAAGAGUGGUAAAUGGAAUAUUAAUGUCUUCCGAGGUCUCAUGGAAUAUGUUCUUACAGUCCGAACAUUCCUACCUGAAAAUUAGUAGGGCGUGGUGCUGGUAUACGUGAAAACAAAAUCACUUCUGAGCAAACAAACAAACAAACA